AUGGCCCGCUAUGGCGAAAAAGUUGGUCAGGUAGCAGGCAAAGAGCGAGCGGUCGAAGAUGAUGUGGCCCGGCGCGAAGGGGUGCGACGCGAUGCGCAUCUCGACGCCGAUGAACGCGGCAAACAGGACAGGCGUCAAGGCGAGGGUUGUCAGGGUCAGGGGGUGGCCCCAGCCCUGGUUGGAGCCCGCAUCGAGGCCAACGAGGAGAGCAAUGACAGCCGCCACGAGGGUGGCAGCGCCGAGAAAGUCGAUGCGAGCAAUCUUGGCACGCCAAUGGGAAUGGUCGGUUCUGGGGAGAUCGAGGACGAAGUAGACUGCAAUAAAGGCAGCGGCACAGAUGGGAACCUGGCCGAGGAAGGACCAGCGCCAACCGAUCGAAUCGGCAAGGAGACCGCCGAGGGAUGCCGCGGUCUCGAAGGGGCACAAUAUCGCUCAUGA